AUGCCGGGCCGCUUGCAGCCAAUCCUUGCACAUGUUUUCUUUGCUCUGGCUGAAGCCUCCUACCCGCUGGCACCAUUGGGAACUCCGUUGACAUGUACUUGUUCGGGUGGUGGAGAUGGCCUUGGUUGGAGUUAUGUACUUGACAGAUGCAUGGAGGGCGAAGUGACCUCUUGCUUGGAAUGCCCAGUGCUGUCCAAAUGCGCAUCAAUCAGCAAUGUGGCGGGAAAUGGCAUUCAGUUAUUCUAUGGGGAUUGUCGUACCGCCACUCAAGACUGUGCAGCAGCCGAUGCGUCGUCAAUUGCCUUUGCAGUGAGCCUCGCUGUUGACGAGAUGGACAACAUCUAUUUCUCGGAUCAGGGAAAUAACAGAAUCCGCAUGCUAGACCAGAGCCGGAAUGCCCUUGUGACGAUCGCCGGCACGGGGGAGCUUGGUUUUCAAGGUGAUGGAGGUCCAGCACGCUUGGCCCAGUUGAGAAAGCCGGAGGGAUUGGCAUUGAAGCCUGGGCUGAGCGUCGGCCCCGACAACGUGGGUCGAGAGCUGUACUUUGCUGACUUCGUGAAUCAGCGCAUCCGGAAGCUGGUGCGCACUUCCAACGAGUGGGUGAUCUACACAGUGGCAGGUAAUGGGGGCAUGGCUGACGACCCACUUUGUGACAGUGGCUGCCCUGCUUUGGAAACAAGUCUCUGGAAUCCCCGCUCCUUGGCCUUUGCAUCAAACCAGGAUUUGUACUUCGUGGAUUCCGGCAGCCGAAAGAUUCGCAGACUGACAACAAGCUUGGGAAAUCCGCUCAAUAACCCCAAUGCCAGCGUCACGACCUUCUUGGGGAAUUCUGAGUGGACAUCGAGCCAUGGAAUGUGGGAGUCUUUCCGCGGCAUUGCCAAAGUGACUUUGCCUGGUCAUUUCGUAAGUCGAAAUGAGCACCUCCACUUGAGGGCGAUGUAUGCCGUCUUGAUCGACAAGCACGAUCGUCUUUGGACCAUAGACAGUGACAACAACAGGAUAUUCAUGGCACCACUGGUGAACAGGAGCAUCACUCGGCUGGCUGGCGACUUUGGAAACUUCCUGGCUAGGAUGGCCAUGUCUUCGUUCAAAGACAACAGCACGCAAGCGAACACCACUGCGGAGGACCGUCAGAACAUGGAGCUGACUUGGGCAAACAAUUUGAAGACGUGGCUCCCACUGGAGUUUCCAGAGCUUGCAUCGUCGAGCGCCAUGCAAGUGGAGACCAGUGUCUCCCCUCACCAGGUGGGGUACAGCUACUGGAUGUAUGGUGCGCCAGUAGCACAUGAGACCUGGUGCCCCACACGCCAAGUGGAGAAGCCCGACCAGGGCUGUGAAGAGAACAGCGCCCAACUAGCAAGAUUCAAUGGCUUGAUGGGCAUGUGUUUAGACCACGCUUCUAACAUGUACCUCGUGGAUACAGAGGACAGUCAAGUGAUGUUGAUGGACACAGAUGAGUUCAAGGAUUCGAUCAACUCUGUAGAUGCAUCCACGGCGAGCGGAUGUUUCUGCGAACAGUAUUGGGUUGGCCUUGAGGAGUCCGGCAGCGGUGAAUUCUUCUUGCCAGGUGCAUGGAUCAGCACCGACUAUCAGCUCGACAUCUUGAGGUGCAGAGAAAAUCCGCUCCUUCAAAGCAUCCUUGAAUCUAGUCCGACUCCUGUUCUCAACAUUACAGAGGCAUUGGCCGCACAGCAACAGUGCUCUGCAACAGACUACUGCGGCAGGGUGUUUUCUGACACCUAUCCCAAGUGGUGCUACGCAAACACUAGGUCCAUGCCCGACGGAAGUCAAAGAGACAUGUGCGAAGAGAAUCGCUGGCUUUGGUGCGAUGCUGACGUUCAGGAUCACACAGCAACCUCGUGGAAGUUUGUCCCUGAAGCAACCAUCAUCGGUAAUGAGAAGCGGUUCGAGACAAGAUAUUGGUUGGACUUGCCGGGUGUACAAAGUGUGAUGUCGUACUUGACCUCAGAUCUAUGGCUGACUGCUGGCAGUCCCUACGAGUAUGUGCCAAAUCUGCUCUCGCGGCGGCCCGCCAACUUCUUCCUCAGAGGAACAGCAAUCCUCAAGGGCUUCGUCGAUUUUGGGAACGGUCCAUGCAGUGAAACAUGCUGUGGCCUCACAAUCCUUUCCGCUGUGCCAAGCCAUGACGCAACUGGCUAUGUGUGCGCUUUCGCAAGCGUGGACAACGUCAGCAUUCUGGAGUCCUACUACCCGGCACCUACAAACCAAACCGGUCCUGGUGGUCCUGGUCCAGGACCCAUCGUCACCAUGCUGACAGUCUGGGAGGAGCUGGAGAGUUUGGUCUUCAACUCUCGAGAAUCAUCAGGCUUGACCUCGACCGCCACGCCGAGGUCCACUCUCGAAUUCUGCAAGUCACGCUGCCAGUUUGAUUCCACUUGUAGCGGCUUUAUGGUUAAAGGAGUGGACGAAGAGGAGCCAGAAUUAUUGAGCCAGGGCCAGCCGUGCAUCUUCUUCACCCAAAACUAUCCGUUCUAUGUUUACACCAUUGAUCGCACUGUUGCACCGUUCGACACAAAUGGAGAUGCAAAUUUGUCGAAUGCAACAGACCGGGCAGCAGCCUUGAAUGCUUUCGUUGGGCCAGGCGUCCCGGCCUCCCGGAUGACGGGGGAUCAAAGCGGCAUCUAUGUCGCAUCAGAGGGUAGCCUCCUGUAUUCUCAGGACACCAUCCAGGGAGGCAACAUGAACAAGGCUCUCCUCCUUCUGGACUGUCAGGAACUGUGUUUGCAGGAGCCGGACUGUACCGGCAUAGCUUUCCCAGGCUGCUACCUUCUGAGGAAGGUAGGCAUACAACUAUUGUCCGAAAGUGACAUGACCAGUGUCUACAUCAAGGAGGAGAUGCGGCCGCGGCUGCAGCCCGUAGCCGGCUACAGCGAGGCUGAUGCUUACGCAGAGGAGGCUGACAGAGCAUUGGAGUCUUACUUGAACAAGCCCUACAGUUGCGCGGUGGAUUCCAAGGGCGACCUAUUAAUCUCAGAUGGAUUGAACCAGAGGCUGCGCAAAGUUCAGGGAUACAAUACCCCGUGCAGCACGAGUGAGCAGUUCACAGCCCAGCAAGUCCAGGACUUUGAGCUUCGCAUUGCGGCCGCAGAUGCGGCAUGCAACAACGCAUCCGCUCCAGAGCUUGUGGCGAUUUAUGCUGCUGCCCAGGCUGAGGUCGUUGAGAACGGUAAUGUGCAGCUGGUUCAGGAUCAAUUCUGCAACUUUGGCUCUUCACCCAAACUCGCGGAAAUGGCUGGCUACACCACGAAUCUCUUCGUUCUCUGCCAAGUGUGCCAAGAGCUCAAUCCGAGGCCUGUAGCAUGCCCGGUGGAUGACACAGCAGAGACAGCCCGCACCUUCGAGAAUUUCGGCCUCAACUUCGAAGUCACGGACUUGUUUGGCUUCAUGCAGGACUCCAAGGAGGAUGGUAGCAGUGAGGAGUACAACAUAUAUGGUGACAGCGACAACGACGAGAGACUUGCGAAGCGUCAGCAGGAAGCACAAGACAUCAUCGCCAAAGAGAAGGAGCGGAUGGAUGGAGGCGCUUUCCUUCGCAUGCGGCGAGGAGCCGCUCCAGGAGGAGGUGCACGGGAAAGGGCAGCGCGGAAGCGAGGCAAGAAGGAUGCAGCCAAAGUCAAGGAGGAGGUGGUGAAGCAAGAGCCCCAAGAGCCCGAGCCGCAAAGGUUGGAGCCUGAGCCGCCUGCACCGCCUGAGCCCUCGGCCUUCAACUUCGGCUUCAACUUCGGGAUGCCGGAGGUGCUCAACUUUGGUGGCCAGGAUGCUGAGGAGAUCAGCGAGGAGCACUACAUCUACGACGAGAGCGACACGGAAGCACAGCUCGAGCGUCGCCGAGCAGAUGCCAAGGACAUUCUAGCUUUGGAGCAAGAAAGAACAGCUGGUGCGGUCAGCCGGAUGCGAAGAGGCGUGCCGCCUGCGCCUGCUGGCGGAGGAGCCCGCGAACGAGCCGCCAAGAAAAAGAACAAGAAGCUGGCCGGCGCAAUGAUGAUGGCGAGCCAGGGCUUGGAUGAGGCGUCAGCAGAUGCCUGA